AGACACGACAGCGGCAGCCAGAGGGAGGAGGAGAGGUUGGUAAACAGGGCAGCUGCAGGAUCCUGGGCACUAAGGGGAAACGAUUAGGACGUCUUCUGGGGCACUGGUGCAUUCUCUAUCUUCAUAAGCCCUCUCUUCAUUUCUAACCUUUCUUUUAACCGGCCUUUUAGGGCCGGAAGUCCUUCAUCUCGAGCACCCAAUGCUGGAAGCGGCCGGACUUUCCUUACCGGAAGCCCUUUUCCAGGGAUAGGAAGACGACCUACCUGUCCGGAAGUCCCACCUCCUUGUGCUCCCCCACCCUUCCAGAAGUUUUUCUCUCACUGUGUUUGCCUCUGUCCCUUCUCCCAGUGUUAUCGCUGCACCAGAGAAGGAUACAUUUAGUGUCUCCCUCCAGCUCCAGUAAACGGUCUGGAUAUCUCACUCCCCGAGUCGGGGUUCCUUCCCCAGCGCCCCCAUGUAGCUGGAAAGUGGGACCUGGGGGUGGUUGGACCCCUGGGAUCUUGAAGGAGGGGCGGGGAGGGCGCAGAACUCCGCUUCUGCUCCUGCUACCGGGCCGCGGCUUUCUCAGCUUCCCCCCUCCCGCUAUCAUGCACCCUGCGGCCUUCCCUCUUCCUGUGGUUGUGGCCACUGUGCUGUGGGGAGCGGCCCCCAUCCGGGGGCUCAUUCGAGCGACCUCGGAACACAAUGCCAGUAUGGACUUUGCAGACCUCCCAGCUCUCUUUGGGGCUGCCCUGAGCCAGGAGGGACUCCAGGGGUUCCUUGUGGAGGCUCACCCAGACAAUGCAUGCAGCCCCAUUGCCCCACCACCCCCAGCCCCGGUCAACGGGUCAGUCUUUAUUGCACUGCUUCGAAGAUUCGACUGCAACUUUGACCUCAAGGUUGCUGAAUGUGGAGUGGGAGCUGGGAAGCUGAGGGUCCUAAAUGCUCAGAAGGCUGGGUAUGGUGCAGCUGUGGUACACAACGUGAAUUCCAAUGAGCUUCUGAACAUGGUGUGGAAUAGUGAAGAAAUCCAGCAGCAGAUCUGGAUCCCGUCAGUGUUUAUUGGGGAGAGGAGCUCCGAAUACCUGCGUGCCCUGUUUGUCUACGAGAAGGGGGCUCAGGUGCUUCUGGUUCCAGACAAUAGCUUCCCCUUGGGCUAUUACCUCAUCCCUUUCACAGGGAUUGUGGGACUGCUGGUAUUGGCCAUGGGAGCAGUGAUGAUAGUUCGUUGUAUCCAGCAUCGGAAACGGCUGCAGCGGAAUCGACUUACCAAAGAGCAACUGAAACAGAUUCCUACACAUGACUAUCAGAAGGGAGACGAGUAUGACGUUUGUGCCAUCUGCCUGGAUGAAUAUGAGGAUGGGGACAAGCUGCGAGUACUCCCCUGUGCCCACGCCUAUCACAGCCGCUGUGUGGAUCCCUGGCUCACUCAGACCCGGAAGACCUGCCCCAUCUGCAAGCAACCUGUUCAUCGGGGUCCUGGAGAUGAGGAGCAGGAGGAAGAAAUUCAGGGGCAAGAGGAGGGUGAUGAGGAAGGAGAGCCAAGAGAUCACCCUGCCUCAGAACGGACCCCACUCCUGGGCUCCAGCCCCAUUCCUACUUCCUUUGGCUCCCUGGCCCCAGCCCCUCUUGUUUUUCCUGGGCCCUCAACAGAUCCCCCACCUUCUCCUUCCACUUCUUCACCUGCCAUCCUGGUCUAGUAUUUUCCUUCCCUUCCCCCGCACCUCUGGUGACCUAUUUGCACAGGCCCUCUUCCUCCAGUCUUCUAAGUUGAGGGAUAGGGGACAUUUUCAUCCCAUGUUUCUCCCUCACCCAGCCCCAUCCUUUUGAGGGGAUGGGCAGGGAGGGGUGCAAAGGGACUGGGUCUUCACUUCUUGGGUUAAUAAAAUUGUUUUUGUGGACUAA